GUAGUAUCGCCUCACUGCCUUCGUCCGCUGAAAUUCUGAAUGACACAGGCAACUCACCAUACAUACAUACGUAGAUAGGGGACUACCAAUCAUAUAACUUGUGUUUUAAAUAAAUACGACGGUAUGGCGUGGCAAUCGCUAAGUCGGGAAGCGUACGCGGUCUAGUGAACAACUUCGCUCAGCUAGCAAAAUAUCCAGCGGAAGAGUGAAAAAGUAAAGUCGCUGAUAAUAAUAGUGAUACAACUGGUGCUAGGGCUGGUGCUGGAGCUGGAGCCAUUGAACAAGUGUAGUGAAGAAAGGUGAAGUGUUAGUGCGUAACAGAUCAAAGUUAUUACUAGUGAACGGUUAAUAUAAUAGAGUGAUUCCCACUGACCACUGAAUUUUUUGGCGAUCUUCUUGCAAACAGUGAGCAAAUUUGCAUACUCGCCAACCAAAAUAAACGCAUAGUGAUUUUAUACCAAAAUUUUGCAAACAAUUAGUGAGUUUGCGCGCGUGUGUCACGGCGUUCAAAGUACGUCUCGAAUGCAGAUAUGCUUAUGUACAUAUGUGUGUAAAAAUGUAUACGCCCACAAACACAAUGAAAAUUUAAUACUACUCAAGUAUAUUAUUACUCUCACCAUAUCGUUUACCGAUUAACUAAAUUUAUAUGGUAUAUUUGCGAUUUAAUUAAAAAUUUUAUUGGAGAAUUCAGUUGCUUUUCGAUCGCUGUGUGGCGUUGAUCGCGUUUGGCGAGAAAAAUAUAUCGCGCGUGUUGCUAAUUUAUUUGAGUGCGAUUCUUGACUGUUAAUAUUUGCGAAUACAUAAUAAACUUCCGCUCGCUGGCGUGAUUGACGUAUUAAAAAAAGUUUAAGAACCAAAGAAGUUACAGAGAAUUGUUAAAAAAAAAAUAUUAAAAAUUAAGGCAAACACAUACACAUACAAAUAUGGCUAUUGAAAAAGCUACACUCGCUGAGAAGAACAACAUAACGGUCUACAAUGCGACCACAGCGCCGAAGAAGCCCAAACGACGUGACAAAAGCGAUUUGGGACCGAAUUUCGUCGCGCCCGAUGGCGGCUGGGGUUGGGUAGUCUGCAUUGCAGCUGGUCUCAGUAACUUCUCACUUUUUCCGCCCAUGCAACAAUUUGGUUUGAUCUAUCGGCAGCGUAUGACCGAUUUGGGUUUCACAGCAAAGGAAACAACAACAAUUAUUAAUGGUGUAAUGAGUCUGUCAUCCAUAGUGGGUAUUGUCAAUGGCGCCAUGUUUCGUCGCUUCACAUUUCGGCAAGUGGCCAUUGCCGGGAAUUUAUUGGCGUUUACCGGUAUUUUAUUGACUGCUUGGGCUACAACAUUUUGGCAAUAUAUAUUUUGUCUGUCGAUGCUUUAUGGUUGCGGCUUGGGCCUCAGCAUGGUCGCCACAUCGUUAGCGGUGAAUACAUACUUUAAGAAUCGUCGCCGACGUGCUACCGGCUUUACUUGGACCAUAACCGGCUUGGGACCCAUCAUUUUUCCACAUAUUUCCACUAUGUUGUUAGUGCUCUAUGAAGCACAGGGUACAAUAUUGAUAUUCUCUGCGAUCGCGCUGAAUAGCUUCGUUUGUGCAUUGACAUUUCAGCCAGUUUUGUGGCAUACAAAGAAACCGAAAGCCACCGUGGAGGAAAAUGCAAAUGACGCUAACAAACCGUUAACACCCGAAAGCGAAGAAGACGAAUAUAAAUGCAAAUAUUGUCUAUAUAAGAGACAACCGAAGCGUAGCAUCUUCUCAUCGCAAUAUCUCUUCAAUGAGGAUGAUUUGGAAACACCCGGUUAUGAAAUUACCGAACCCGGUACACCAAUGAUGGCGGCCGCCAAUGACGGUUGGUACGGCUCAAAGUUAUCGCUUGCUGCGGAAAUGAGUCCAACGCGCCUGCGUAAGAAAGUUAUGCGACAAGCUUCGAUCAAAGCGCAUGCGAAUGAUCCGGACCACCAUGACGAAUCGCAGUUGAAUAAACCCAAUUACUUUAAUCGUAUGCACGAAGAAUAUGAACGUUACACAAGCAAGACUAGCGUCUAUUCGAAAUCGGAAGAGUUUCACUGCACAUGCGCUGAGGAGAAGGCGCUCAUGCAAAAGAUUUCCGAUGAGGAAUUGAAACGUGAGCAGGAACGUCUAAUAGCGGAGGAGGAGGCAAAAGAAUUGGCAAAAAGUAAAAUGAAUUUUCUGCAAAAAGUGGUGAUCUUUUUUGACUUGGAUUUGUUGCGCGAUUUCACCUUUGUCAAUUUGGUUAUGGGUAUGACCAUUAUGAUGUUUGCUGAAAUGAAUUUCUCCGUGCUUACACCCUUUAUUUUGAAUGAAUACGGCUUCGAUAACAAACAGAUAUCGCUGGCUAUGUCUGUGCUGGGUGGCAUGGAUAUUUGUGUGCGCUUCUUGGCGCCAUUCGCAGUCGAAAAGGUUAAACUAGAUAAUCGUGUAUUGUUUGCCUUUGGCAUUAUUGCCAUCGCCAUCGGUCGUAUGUUUGUCGCAUUGUCGAGCUCGUAUUACGUUAUAUUGGUAUUUUUUGUACUCAUUGGCUUUGGCAAAGCUUUCCGCACAAUCUUCUCGCCGCUCAUCAUUCCCUCGUAUGUGCCAUUGAAGCGUUUGCCGGCUGCAUCUGGUUUGCAACUGGUUUUCAAUACUUUAUUCUCCUUGGCCGCAGGUCCUAUACUAGGCGUAAUUACGGAUGCGACCAGUUACACAACCACCAUACACGUACUCAAUUUGCUAACCGUUUUAGCUUUAUUGCUCUGGGUCUUGGAGUCGGUUGUGCGGCGCAUGCUCGGCAAGAAGGUCAAAACUGCAAUGGAAGGUUGAAGGUUUUAGUUUCAAAAUUCUGAUUGCUUUUCGUUUUGUUUUGUUUUUAAAAAUAUAUUGAAUCAACGCCCAGUAAGUUUAUUUGCUUAAGUACGACGUUCGUUUGUGUGUAUAUUCUUAAGCAUGUGAUUGCAUGUGUUUGUGCAUUUAGUUUAAUUCUUAAUCACACAUUUUAUACUACUUUCAAUAAUAUACAUAUCCAAAAAAACUAGUUUUUAGUGAAAGUCCUGCUACUUACGUUUCUACACUUUUAUAAGAUAAGUCAAUUAAGGUUUUAUUACUUAGAGUACGCUUAGCUUUUAAACACUAAUCUUGUAAUCAAAAAAAAUUUUUUUUUUUAAUUUAAGUGCAUGUAUAUAUGUAUAUUGAUAAGUAUGUAUUUAUACUAUAUAGGCGAAACGAAAAUAAAAUAUUUUUUCAUAAUUCAAAAUCA